AUGCCAAAGAAAAUGAAGUCACAUGAGGAAGCGGUUCCUUUUAAGGUAGGGUCAUCAUCUGCCUCAUAUGGAAGUUUGUCAGAGAAUGACGCUGAUGAAAUGGAUGCUGUAUAUCGUGAAAGAAGAAUAGCUGAGUCUUCAAGUAGAAAAAGAAGUGGCCAUCCUUUAAAUAGCAGAAUUAUUACUAAGAAUGGUGUAGCUAUUAUGAGAAAGAGAAGGAAUAUUGUUUUUAAAAGAAACAAUAGAAGUAGAGGUGGUAGGAGAAGUAAUCAAGAUGGAAUAUAUGAAUCACAUCAAAUUUUAACACCACGAAAUGAUGUAACAUUGGUUGUUCCAAGAGCACCAUAUAAUACCAAUUCAUUCUUAGCUGAUGAUAUUGAACAUAGAGAAAAAACAAAAUCUCAUGGUACAUUUUUUAUUAAUUCAAAUUAUCGUCUUCGAUGUUACUCAAUGGGAUCUGUUAAUUUAUCUGCAACUAUUGAAAAUCAUGAAUCUGAUGAUACUUCUGUAUCAUCUGAUUAUGAGGAUCUAACUGAAUUCAAUCGUGAAUAUGAUAAUAUUUUUAUGGAUCGUUUAAAUUCAUUGUCAAAAACACAACUAGCAAGUGAAUAUAUAACAUUAGAAGCUCGAAACUCUGAACUUAAUGCUGAAAUGACAAAUUAUUAUAAUGAAAAUAUGUUUUUAAAAAGAAAGUUAAAGGAACAAGGUAUUCAAUAUGAAGAUUUGAUGGAAGAAACAAUACCAAGGAAAAGAACGUUUAGUGGCAACAGUGAUACAACUGACUCAACUUUGCCGAAAACCAAUGACAGUGAUGAAGGACCAUUUUAUGAUUGCAAAUUUGCUUCUCAAUCACCAGUUGCUGUUUAA